AUGCUAGCGAAUGCACCAUUCGCUUUACUUCUGGUGCUGUUCAUCGGCCAUCGUACCGAUGGAACGUACCUGGAUCGUCCGCUAUGGGUGGCGGACAAGGGCAUAUCAUACAUGAUGCAAAACCGGAACGGCCUAGUGUACGCUCCCGAGCUUAUGCCACCAGUGGACAACCGUUGGAUGCCGCCGGAAUACUAUACGGCCGAUGAAAGCCCUGAGGCGAUGGAGGAACCGGAGGUUCAAUGGCGCGAACAACCUGCCGCUCCGGAGGCGACCCUGGACGGAGCUUCUCAGACUCAAGAAUACGAAAGCGUGUACUAUGGUCAACGGCAGCAAAAUGGCGAUUAUGGAUUCCUUCCAAAUCAACCCCAACCUGAUGAUGGUUUUCAGAAGCUUCCACAAACUGCUGAUGCCGAUCAGGCGUCUCUGUGGAAUCAACCGGAGCAGUCGGCCGAUUUGUAUAAUUCGUACUACAACGAGCGCCCUGUGGAAGGACCGCAAGCUGUUCAGCCGAAUGAAUACCACCAGCUUUCUCAAUGGAAUGAACCGGAGUCGCAGGAAGACUUUAAAAAUCCAGGACCUUCGCUAGAACGGUCACAAGAUGGACAAAAUGCAGACCAACCGAAUGAAUAUUUGAAGCCAUCGCAGUGGAAUCAACCGGAGCCGCAUGUUGAGGUCCAAAAACCUGGGCCACACAAUGAACAUCGUCAUUCGGAGAGUCUUCAGGCGUCACAAACAAAUCAACGCUUUCCGGCUGUUCCGUACCUUCAGGUGUCCCAAUGGAACCAGCCCGAACAGCAAGUAAAUCAGCGUCCGCUUGGUGGGCAGCAGAAACCAGUUCAACUGGAACGGUUCCCGGAACUGCCCGGCAACUCCCAGAAGCCGUACCCUGGAUUGCGUCCUCAGGAUGGGCAGCAAACUUUCCUGCCCAAUCAACCAAUGUACGCCCAGCGACCGCAAGAGGAGGGUCAAUCUUUCCAACCUAACCGACCGAGCGUGAACCAGUGGGCACAACCAGACCAACAGGUUAUGUCUCAACCUCCGCUUGUUGGUCAGCGGCCGCCUGAAGGACAGCAAGCGUUCCAACCGAACCGACCCAACCCAGGGGCCCCCGAAUAUCCAAGGAACAAACCCGAACAGGAGUUUGGAAAUCCAAAGCCCUACUUCAACGGUCAGCGACCAUCGGAAGGGGAACAGUCUUUUCUUCCGAAGGAUCCUCUGGGCGAAGCUGAUGGGCAGCAGAAGCCUACGCAAUGGAGGCAACCUGAAAAGCCGAUCAAUAACCCAAUGGUGUACCCAGGUGCACGUCCGGAGGCGCCAAAACCUCCUCAGUUCCCGCAAUGGAAUCAGGUAGAGGUCGAUGGACAGAAGCCAUAUCUUGGCCCACAGCGUCCGCUCGAAGGACCGAAGCCAUCGUAUCAACCAAAUCAGCCGCAGGCCGAAAAACAGAAUCCUACAUUGUUCCAAUGGAAUCAACCGAAGCCACAGGUCGACUAUCAAAAGCCCAACCUUGGAAUUCGCACCCCCGAUGGUCCAUCCGGUCAAGUGGAACUGCAAAAACCUGAUGGUCUGUUCAAACCAUAUCAACCAGACUUUCCCACCUAUUCGCGGGAGCAACAGCAGUAUCCAAAGCCAGCCAUUCCACUAGACCAACGUGCCCCUCAGUCACCAAUGAAGCCACCGCAGCAAGAGCUUCCAAGGAAACCUCAACCGCAACCCCAACAGCAAUCGCAGCUGCAACAGCAAGGAUCACCUCAGUAUCAACCCAGCUUCCCACAAGCGCCUUCCUGGGAAUCCCCUUACAAACCUGAUCAGCAGAGGCCAAAUCAGCCAUACUACGAGCCCGACAACAACGACGAUGACGAUGCCGACGACCAAAGUUGGGAGAUUCCGGUAUCACGCGUCGAUCCACGCUGUCCCCGAAACGAUGAUCCGGCUAAACCAGUCCACAUCCCGAGCCCCACCAGCUGCGUGAAGUUCCAGAAGUGCUUCAACGGAGUGGCUUACGAGAUGAGUUGCCCACCGGGACUGGAGUUCGAUGCCAGUGGAAAUCGCUGCGACUAUCCUGCGCAAGCGAACUGCUCCCGACAUUAA